AUAAGCUCUGUGAUAUCAGAAGCAACCAGUGAGCACCAGCUGCUCUGUCACAACUCUCAUGUAGCUGAGAGCCAAGAUGAGGAAGAAUACCAGCAUGGAGACUCAGGAUCAACUAGAAACACAGAGCUUCAAGCAGAGAAAAGACAUCAUGAAAGUGAAAUGAACAGUAACAGUCCACACACCUCUGCUGUGAUAAACUUAAAUACAGGUAAAAAGCCUUUAAAAUGUGACAUAUGUGGGAAAGUUUUUGAGUACAAGUCAAAAUUGCAGAGACACCUGAACAGCCACACAGGUGAGAAGCUGUUUUCUUGCAAAACAUGUGGGAAAGGAAUCAGUGACACAUCAGCAUUGAGCACUCAUAUAAGAACCCACACAGGUGAGAAGCCGUUCCUUUGCAAGACCUGCGGGAAAAGAUUCAAUGAUGCAUCAGUAUUGAAAAGUCACAUUAGAAUCCACACAGGUGAGAAGCCACAUACUUGUAAAAUAUGUGGGAGAGGUUUCAGACGUAAUGGUGACUUGUUAGUCCACAUGAGGACUCAUUCAGGUGAGAAGCCGUAUACUUGCAAAACAUGUGGGAGACACUUCAGAUCUAGCAGUAACUUGGCAGUCCAUAUGAAAAUCCACACAGGUGAGAAGCCGUAUCUUUGCAAGACUUGCGGGAAAAGGUUCAGACAAAACUAUCGUAUGAAAAGACAUUUAAAAACCCACACAGGUGAGAAGCCAUUUAUAUGCAAAACAUGUGGGAGAGCUUUUAGAUGGAAAAGUUACCUGGCUAUCCACAUGAGAAUCCACACAGGUGAAAUGCCGUACGUUUGUAAGACCUGCGGGAAAAAAUACAAUAACAUAUCAGCAUUGAAAAAACACGUUAAAAUCCAUGCAGACGAGAACCAGCUUUUCUGAAAUAUGUGGGAAACACUUCAGAUAUAGCAAUAACUUGACAGGCCACAUGAGAACACACACAGGUGUAAAGGUGCAUAACUUGAGCACAGGUUCCAGUUGAAGUCACACAUAUACAGGAGAGAGACGGUUUACAUGCAAAACAUGUGGCAGAGCUUUCAGAGGCCUGUUCCAUAAAGCAUGCUAAGAAAAGUGGGGAGUGAAGUCCAAAUCCUGAAUUUUAAUUGAAAUUGCAGGUCUGGAAAAGUUCAACUAGUGAGAUAAAGAACAAAAGGAGGAAACUGCUUUAAAGUUUGAAUGAAUUUUAUACUUGCAAGAGUCAUGGAAAACCUGGAAAAGUCAUGAAAUUAGUCAAAAUCAUUAUAAGUCACAGAACUUGUUUGUGUAUAGUGAAAUUAUUAGAAUCAUCUUCAGUGGAUAACCCUCCAUAUAAUGUAACAUAAUGGCAAAUUCAUUUUCUGCAGCUGGCGUCUUAAUGUAGCUUUAAUAUGCGUCGAUGUGUGACAAUGUUUGUUUACCAUCAGGUGUGUUUUGUCAUUUUCUCCCUCAGUUUGUCUCUCCCUUCCUGUGUGCCAGUUAUGUUUGCAUAGAGUUUGAAUCUGAUGUUUGAAAAAACGGCGGGCAAGUGGGGAAAGAAAAACAAAAUUCUUCCUGAAGAGUCCUUGAAAAGUCAUGAAAAAGUUUGGAAAUAUUGUCCAUGAAAAUGUGAGCAGAACCUGUAAUUAAAAGUAUGACUGAUUUUGCAGUGAGCACAGUAAUAAACUGAUUCCAGAAGA